GGACGAAAACAAAUAACCGCAAUUCUCAUGUGUUUGUUUUUGUCUAUUGUUUGGUUUAUAUUGAUAAUAUUUUGAACUGUUAAUUAAAUAAUUUGUGACCAUGACUGUGACUUAUGUUGACCAGGUGAAAGACCAUUUUCAAAAGAAUAACCGAUUUCGAGAUUAUCAGUCGCACUCAUGUAAAGUUCACUCGGUUGAUUGGAGCUGUGAUGGUCAUCGAUUGGCCUCUGGAAGUGUUGAUAAAUCAAUUUCUAUAUUUAAUUUGGACAAAGAUCGAUUAAAUAAAGAGUCUACAUUAAAGGGACACUCAGAUUCGGUUGACCAGCUUAGUUGGCAUCCAUCUCAUCCUGACAUUUUGGCCACCGCCUCAUUGGAUAAAACAGUUCGCCUUUGGGAUGCUCGUACCUCCAAAAAUUAUUCCACAAUUAAUACCAAAGGUGAAAAUAUCAACAUUUGCUGGUCUCCUGAUGGUUCAUCGAUUGCCGUUGGUAAUAAAGAGGAUCUUAUUACUUUCAUUGAUGCCAAACAACAGAAAAUUAAAGUUGAACAAUCAUUCAAGUUUGAAGUAAACGAAAUAAGUUGGAACAAUGAUAAUGACCUUUUCUUUCUGACCUCCGGCCAGGGAUGUAUCCAUGUUCUCAGUUAUCCCGAUUUACAACCACAGAUAGUACUUAAUGCUCAUCCGGCCAAUUGUAUUUGUAUUGAAUUUGACUCAACGGGUAAAUAUUUUGCCGUUGGUUCUGCUGACACAAUGGUCUCAUUAUGGGAUGCGAAUCAUUUGGUUUGUUUGCGAACGAUUUCACGAUUAGAAUGGCCUGCAAGAGCGAUCAGUUUCAGUCAUGAUGGUAAAUUAUUGGCCUCCGGAUCUGAGGAUCUCUUAAUAGACAUAAGUUAUGUUGAAACAGGAGAAAAGAUCACUGGUGUUCCCGUUGAUUCACCGACUUUCACAGUGGCCUUUCAUCCUUCCCGAUACAUAUUAGCCUUUGCCUGUGAUGAUAAGGAUACUUUUGGCCGUGAUUGUGGAACCGUAAAGAUAUUUGGCUUACCAAAUAAUUAACAAUUAAAUGAAGAAUAUAUUAACAUUCCUUGAUCAUUUAUUAUGAUUCAAUCAUUUUCCAAGGAUCUCAACAAAAACGUCAAUACUUUUGUUUGGCCAUUUGAAUGUAAAUAUACAUUUUCUAGGGGAAAAACAUCAACAAAUCAAUUUCAUUUCACUUGUUGAAAAUCAAGUCAUCGAUAAUUAUAUAAUUUUCUUAUUAAUUGUCAUGGUAAAGAAAAUGCAUCAUUUGUAAAAUCUACUCAUUGUAAUAAAAAAAGAUUUUCAGUAUAAAAAGAAAUCGAUCACAAAAACAAAA